AUGAGAUUAAACGCGCAAGCAUCUACUCUAUGCACAAGAAUAUUUUAUAUCCUUGCACACGCAUUGGCUUUUACAGUUCUCUUUUACUAUCCAAGUGACUUCACCUCUAACAUGUCAUAUCCGUUCUUCACAUUCAUUUUGUUAAAACUUGCAGCUUCUAUCCAAUAUUUUACUUGUGGAAUUAAUCCAGGCUAUUUAAAAGACUAUGAUACCUCACACUAUCAACAAAUUGAAGACGAUUGGCAGCCUCCUCCUCAAUUCACCUGCAAUACUUGCAAAAUUAUCAUUCCAUAUAGAUCUAACUCCCUCCUCUGUCAGUGAAAACAACCAUAGGAAAAAUCCCUAUUUUUGGCUCAUCAGCCUCUGUGAAAGAAGAAAAAUUUUUUCAUGAAAAAUAAUUCUUAUAUAUAAGUGACAAUUAAUAUAACGAAGUCUCUAGCUAAUUCUGUUAAAUUUUAAACAGCUUGCAUCUAAAAUAUAAAUUUUAAAAGUUAAAAUUAAUUUUUGCUUUACAACUUUUGAGGAUAGGGAAGGGAUAUUUUCAAAUUUUGAAAAAAAAAUUACUAAAAAUUAGCCCCUUCUGUGAGCAAGUGGGAGUAAGCAUUGCAAAGACUGUGAUUUAUGCGUCGCAUCAUUUGAUCACCACUGUUAUUGAAUAGGCUCAUGUGUUGGAGAGCUAAAUCACUUUCCUUCACCUCUUUAAAUUGGAACAAAAUGUUUCGAAAUUUUUCUAUAUAAAUAGUUUUGAAUUAAUUUAAUGGAGUAAGCACAAGUAGAAUGCUAUUUAAACAGUUAACGCAUUGAAUAGAUUAAUUUUUAGAAUCGAUUCUUCAUAAAAUAACUCAAAAAAUAAUUCAAUUCAUGCUUUUAAUUUUUUUAAUCAUAUAAAAUCAUAUAAUUUUAUUUUUAAAAAAAAAAACCUGUUUAAAUAGGAACAGAAUUUUUUGUUCAAAUUUAAUGGAGGAAUUAGAUUUUGCUUGUAUUUAUUGAGUGAGUCGUUAAGCUUGAUCCUUUUUGCAAAUAAUUGUGUAAGCGGGAUGUCCAGAGAUAAGCAAGCGUAUGGAGCUUUUAUAGUAGUCUUCGCAAUUUCUGGCUUAAUGGGAGUUAUGACAUUAGGAAUGGGGAUUUAUCAUAUUUACUUGGUAUCAAUUGCAUCUACCACAUGGGAAAGCCAAAAAUGAAAUAAAAUCACAUAUUUAAAUAUUUACCCAAGAAGUUUUAAUCCUUUUAGCAAAGGGAUUAUAAAAAACUGAAAGAAUGCAAUAUUUGAUAAACGUCCCCGGCAGUGGAUACUUCCAAAGCCUCCUCAGUCCACAAGACAAAUCUCUUUCAGUUUCUUUGAUAAUCAAUAUUACAGCUGCUGCUAA